AUGAGCUUCAACAGUAUAAACCCUGGGAGCCAAGGCAAAAAGAACCAGCACACCCACUUACCGUCACAUAUCAAUCGCUUUGAUUCUGUCUCCGAUAGUCUAGAGUCGGAGGAUCCUCUAGCCAGAGAUGCGCCAACAAGAAGUCACAGCCAAAGCCCUGUUAAGCAACAUUCAGGUUCCUUGACCCCAAGUGGUAGGUCGAGUCUCGCUGUCGUCCUCCCGAGGUCACCAGCCCAUCUCGAAGCUUACAAAGAAGUCAGCAUCGAUGAGGAAGAUGGCUUUGAUGCGCCGGUCACGUCAGAUCUUACCCCACGGGGAAGACCAAAGUCGUUAUUCAAAGCAGUCAACGCUCUGAAAACGUCGAGUCCAGGUGGUACACAGACGGGAGUUUCCAGCGAUGCAACGUCUACGACACCGGCUCGAGGAAGAGGCAGACCAAAGGGGUCAACGAACAAGUCAAAGGGUCUACAAACAGCAGCUGGAGCUCCUCGGCAGGCCCGACAAGCUGCUACUAAGCCGCGGCCUCAUCCCAACGGCUUCCCAAAACGAAGAGGCCGGCCGCCAAAGCAACCUUCUCCUCCUCCAGAGACCAUCUACUAUCAAGUGAAUGCACCAAUCUUUCCGUUUCUGUGUGAGUGGAGAGACUGCAAGGCUGAAUUACAUAAUCUCGAGACUCUCCGACGGCACGUUUACAUCGUUCAUGGUGAUGAUAUCAACUGCUUAUGGGGAGAGUGUGGGAAAUUAGAGAAAUCAUCUGAGUUUGAGACGGACGAGGAGUUCAAAGAGCACAUCGAGGAGGCGCAUCUAGUGCCCCUAUCGUGGCACUGCGGUGAUGGUUUUAAUAAUAUUGGCGAGCGGAGUUUACCGAACACGGCAGAGGACGUGCCAGAUUAUCUUAAAGAUGAACACGGGAACCAAGUCACGCCCUCGAUAAGAGAUCAACAGGAAGAAGAUUUGUUGACGUGGAGAAAGAACCGACGGAAACUGAAGGACCUGCUCAUUCGUAUGAACGACAACCUCCCUGAUGAGUCAGAUGAAGAAAUGGGAGUCGAGAGACAAGCAGUCUGA